AUGACCGCGAACGCCAGUGCGUCGGAGAGCGCCCUCACUGAGGAGCAGAUUGUGCAGCAGUACAACCGCAUGCGUCAGGAGCAGAGCGCCAUCAUGUCUCGCAUCGCCGAGCUGGAGAAUGAGUCCCACGAGCACGACCUCGUCGCGACCGAGCUGCGCCCGCUCAACAAGGACCGCUGCUGUCAUCGCCUUGUCGGUGGUGCGCUAGUGGAGCUCACGGUGGGCGAGGUGCUGCCGGACAUUGAGGAGAACUUAGCCGCCAUUCGCGAAGCGCUCGUGCAGCUAAACAAAGGCCUCAUGGAGAAGGAGAAGCAGAUGGACGAGUUCAUGACCAAGCACAAGCUGAACCGUCCCGGCGCGAACCAGGCCGUGACGGCCAAUCAGAGCAACGAGGGCAACCGCGGCGUUCUGGCGUGA